UGAAAUAAGUGAAAUUAAUUUUUUUUUUUUUUCAUUUCUAAUAUUUUUUACCAAAUCACUCUUAUCAAAACAGAGUGUUCUUUCUCUUCUCUCCCACCGCCACCGCACACAAUCACCAGCACUGGCCACCAUUAUUAGCAGAUGCCCACUUCCAAACUGCCAACAAACUUCCACAAGCUUCUCGUCAAAGACACCAUCAAGCUCCUAAAAACAUCAGCUGAUACUAAGAACUUGAAGCUCGGCAAAACAAUUCAUGCCCAUUUGAUCAUAUCUAAUCAAACCACUCCAUACCAUGUAAUCCAAACCAAUUCCUUGAUCAAUCUCUACUCAAAAUGUGGCCAAAUUGAAAUUGCUCGCCGAAUGUUCGAUAGAAUGCUCGAACGAAAUGUAGUUUCCUGGAGUGCUUUGAUGGCGGGUUAUUUGCAUUCUGGGUUUCCUCUUGAAGUUUUUGGGUUGUUCAAAGCUCUGGCAUUGGAGGAAGUUUUGCGCCCAAAUGAGUACAUAUUAGCGACAGUUCUUUCUUGUUGUUCUGAUACUGUAUUGUUCAUAGAGGGCAGGCAGUGUCAUGGGUAUGUGUUGAAGUCUGGGUUGGUGUUUCAUCAGUAUGUGAAGAAUUCACUUACUUACAUGUAUUCGAUGUGUUCGGAUGUGGAAGGGGCUAUGAGUGUUUUGAAUUCAGUGCCUGGAUCAGAUGUUUUUACUUAUAACUCCAUUAUAAAUGGACUUGUAGAACAUGGGUACUUGAGUGAAGCAUUAGAAGUUCUUGGUAGGAUGGCGGGUGAGUUUGUGAUUUGGGACAUUGUCACUUAUGUUAAUGUUUUUGGCCUUUGCACGGGUCUUAAAGAUUUGAAACUGGGUUUGCAAGUUCACAACCGGAUGUUGAAGAGCAAUGUUGAGUUUGAUGAGUUUGUCAGUAGUGCAAUUAUCGACAUGUAUGGAAAAUGCGGUGAGAUUUCAAUGGCAAGGAGUGUUUUUGAUGCAAUGCAAACUCGAAAUGUGGUCUCAUGGACAGCAAUGUUGGCUGCUUGCUUACAAAACGGGUGCUUUGAGGAAGCUUUGAAACUAUUCUUUCACAUGGAAUUUGAGGGUGUUAUGCCAAAUGAAUAUACCUUUGCUGUAUUGCUGAACUCUUGUGCUGGUUUGUCUGCACUUGGACAUGGGAAUUCAGUACAUGCACGUGCUGUGAAGUCAGGAUUUAAGAACCAUGUUAUUGUGGGGAACGCUUUGAUCAAUAUGUAUGCAAAGGGUGGGAACAUUGAAUCUGGAAGUAAAGUUUUCACUGAUAUGGUAUAUCGGGACUCUAUUACUUGGAAUGCGAUGAUAUCAGGAUACUCCCAUCAUGGGCUUGGUAAGGAAGCUUUGAUUGUGUUCCAGGACAUGCUAGCUGCGGAAGAGCAUCCUAACUAUGUAACUUUUGUUGGAGUUCUCUCUGCUUGUGCACAGCUAGGUUGGGUCCGGGAAGGGCUCUACUAUUUACACCAAUUAAUGAAUCAACUAGAUAUUGAGCCAGGAUUGGAGCACUAUACCUGUAUUGUUGGACUUCUUUGUAGAGCUGGACAACUUGAUCAAGCUGAAAAUUUCAUGAGGUCUACACCAGUCAAAUGGGAUGUUGUCGCCUGGCGUACUUUAGGGUUUGCGCAAGGUGCACCGGAGGACCUCCUGCUACGCGAGCCGGAGUCUCAUCUAUCCCAUGGCGCCUCUGAGGUGGAUUCACAUGCCUUUCGUGGAUACGAGACCACCUCCGCGAGGAAGUGGUAUAUGGAGCUUCCUGACGCCGUCUGUCACAUCAUCGAUGAGGCUGGCUUCGGCGCAUUUUGCAUGGGGCUCUCAUGUCUCAUUGCGAGCUGGCCUCUACUGGGCGCCAUAGUAGAGAGGUGGUGGGAUACCACUGAUUCCCUCCACUUCUCUACAGCAGGGGAGAUGACGAUGACUUCCUUUGACUUCUCUAUGCUCAUCGGCAUAGCAGUAGGGGGUCAUCCGAUUCCUUACGACACCGACAUAGCUAUGGGUAUAUGCCUAUUUUUCAAGGAUUGCCCCAGAGCUAGAGGUAGAGAUACCACCUAUGGUGCCGUACUCACACAGAUACGAUGGGAGAUGCUAGCGGAGGCCUCGAGAGUCAUUCUCAUUCUUCCGUCGAUUCUUCGACACCGUGACCGCAGCAGAGGUAACUCAAACCUUAUAGUCAUUUCAGUUUUACUUCAUAUUGCAUCUCUAAUGGCAGCUAACAGUCUGUAUAUUCACUAUCUACAAAUCACCUGGCAGCCGUGGGCGGUGAUGCCUGACGGGGUCAGAGAUCAGUUUGCUGGCGCACAAGAGGCUUCUCGAUUCCGGAUCUUGCUCGAGGGCCCGGUCUGUCGAGCAUGGUUCUCAGGGGAGCGAUUCUUGUGA